AUGGAUAUCUGGUCUGGUACCAUUGUGCUAGAUGAUCAAUCACGGCUUCAAGGCCUACAACUUAUCGAUCGAUCUGCUAGCUGGCAGUCAGAUAUACUCAAGCUCUCUACUUUAGGCUUUAAAUCCUUCGUUAACCCAGCUCUUAUCCCACUUUACGCUCGCGUUGGUCCGAACCUCGAACUCCAUACAAGUGACCCGGAAACCUCCCGAUGGCUGAAACACAAAUUGCUGGAUAAAAUCUGGCUAGAGGAUGAUGACUUGGACCAUUUUCAGUCCAUUCAGUGUCCGGUUGGGUUUCUCGUGAACCUUCAUGGCGCGACACGACCAAGAGCCUCCGGGCCAACCACCACCGACCUGCUGGUGUACGGCAUUCUGUCCACCGCAACAUCAUAUGAGCGGCCGCCUACGCCACCUGUAUCGUCAUCGCCCGAAACAGAAGAGGCUGUUUUGGGAACCGCUCACCAGGAAUUGAGGAUAUAUGCAUCGCCGAUUUCUGCGUCCCUUAUUACCAGAGCGCAAGCCCUUCCAAAUCGUGAGGAGCCCGGGACAAUUGCUGGCCAUGAACCGUUCGCACAUUUUCUACCGGAUAUUAAUUCCCCCAGCCCCAAGCGCAAGCGUGUGGAAACGCUAUUCGAAUCCGUAGCGCAGCAUCAUAAGCGAGUACAACACAAAGGAGGCGAGGCUGUAUCGCUGUUGAUGGCCCAGAACCUUUCACAACCUUCACAACAGCUACAGGGUUACAGGGUCAAGAGAGAAUCAGAGGAACCUAACCUUCCAACAUUGAGCAAGAUUGCCUCCCAUCGGCCCAGAUCGCUCUCGAUCAGCUCGAAUCUCAAUCCUAACAAGGGGUUAGAAACCCGUGCCGAGCAUUCGCGGCCUAGCAGCAGCCGAGGCCAUGCGCGUCAACAUUCUACCAAGCGAGGGACACCGGCGCCAGGGCUAUCAACGGAAAUCCCGUCGCGGAGGGAAAGCAUGCUUUCCCCUACAUUACUAUCUUCCGAAGGCAAGGAGGAAUCGGGGUUGAAGAUCGCAGAGACCAUCAUCUCCGAUAAUAAAAACAUCAUAACCCGUACCAUAUUGACCUGUAUGCGGCUGUAUGGGUUCAACCGGACCACUCGACCUGCAUCCUCUAACAAAAAUCUAUCCCAUAACGAUAUGGCAUCCCUUCAGAACGAAGGGAAGGACUCACAUGGUCCCGGCGACAACACGGCUCUGUCUACUUUCAAUUCAUGCAGUGAUGAAGAUGAAUUUAAAGCCAUGUACCACGCGACUUAUCGUGCGUCCACAUUUGCGCUACGGAAAUAUUUGAGAGAGCCGGCCAUGAGCGAGGACGGCUCGAAAUUGGCGGUCCCUGUUCUGGAGAAAGGAAAAGCAAUGGCAUAUAUUGAUGGAUUCUUGAAGCUAUUUUGCGAGGAGGAACAUUGA